AUCCGAUGUGGCAGGAAUGACUCAGCCGUGGAUAUAUGUCGGCAUGCUUUUCUCGACUUUCGCCUGGCAUAAGGAAGAUCAUUAUACGUAUAGCAUUAAUUAUCAUCACUGGGGCGACACAAAGACCUGGUACGGCGUUCCUGGUGAAGAGGACACCAAGUUGGAGGAGGCGAUGAAGACAGCUGCUCCUGAGCUGUUUGAGCAACAGCCUGACUUGAUGUUUCAACUGGUCACACUGAUGUCUCCGGCCCGCCUGGGGCGAGCAGGUGUUCAGACUUACGUUUGCGACCAACGGCCCAACGAAUUCGUGAUCACCUGUCCCCGCUCGUAUCAUUCAGGCUUCAACCAUGGCUUGAACCUCAAUGAAGCUGUAAACUUCUGCUUACCCGAUUGGCUACCGGAGGGCAAAUUAUGUGUUCAGCACUACAAAGCCUUGCAAAAGAUGCCAGUAUUUUCGCACGAUGAGCUUCUGGUGACGAUAUUUCUUAACGAAAAAGGCCCUAAAGUUUCCCGCUGGCUUUUGCCUCAUUUUCGCGAUAUGGUUGAACGAGAGAUUGCCGAUCGUCAAACUGCGCUAACCCAAAUUGCCAACCUAUCACCUGACAUUGUGAUCGAGCCAGCUGAACUACCGGAAGAUCAGGUGCAAUGUCACCAUUGUAAAGCAUUUGCUUUUCUGUCUCAACUCACGUGUCCUGAUUCCCCCAACGUAUCGUGCCUUAAUCAUGCGCACAUCUUCGGCGACAGUCAGAAAAUAUUACGGUGUAAGUAUACUGAUGAAGAGCUACAAACCAUGUUAAUGCGCGUUAAUUCUCGAUCGGUGAAGGCUGGCCGGGUUGUCGAUACGAGUUCAAUUGAACAGCGCACAUCCGGCCGCAAGAGGAAACCUUCAACCGCGUUACUUGAAGCGACUCGUGCUGCCUUGCCUCUGGCCCAGAAAAUUAAGCUUGCACACGCCUCUGCUGAUAACCGAGAGGAUCAGAAUGACAACUCAUUUCAGUCGCAGCUCGAAUCCUCAAUGGCUAACGAGAGCAGUAUUGACUGUGACGAGAAUGAGAAAACUGAACACGGUAGUACAACAAGUGACUUACCAACAAAGCCGGUUUCCCGGCCGGGCCGCAAAUCUCUAGAUGCCCGUGAGCCGGCUAAGGACAACAAACCAGUACUAUCUGGUAUGAGUUCUCGCGCUGCGCCCACUCCCCGCGUAUCUACUCCUGCCGCGCAACCGGACGUGAACAAGCCUUCCAUCCCCCCGUCGGAAAACAUGCAGCUUGCCGUCGAUCAGCGUGAUUCUGUGAUGCAACACCUGAACUCAUUUGGGCUUCCCAGACCUCCGACCUCGGUUUCUACGCCACACUCUAUCACAGCAGACCCACCCUCGGAUUCAAAUCACACCGGUGAGCUGAAGGAAGACACGAAUAUGAAUAGGCAUUAUGGAAGGCCACCGGAAAUUGUCGACCCCAAGGAAGCUGAGGUCGAAGGUAAAUUGAAUUCUCCCAAAAUCUCGCAUCGCGAAAGAGUUGGCACCCCUUCAUCAUCCUCCCCUUCGCACAUUCACCGUUUGCCUGUUGUUGCGCAAAUCGACGUUGGUGGAUCAGCGUCGAUCGUACAGCUUAGUCCUUCUCGAGAACCGAUAUUGGGCCCAAGGAAACGCAAAUCAAGUACACCACUGUCUCAUUCAGAAUUACGAAAGACCGAGGACAUCAAGGCAAGCAACGUGGAUACUCGGGAUGCAGGCGCUUCAGCAUCUUAUCCCAUCUUACCGCCAUCGCAGACAUCCAACACUGGACGACAAGGAACCAAUGUCAUCAGGUUGAAAUCAUCUGCUCGGGCAGUGUCUCAACCCGCGGAUGCUGGUAGGAAGUCUGAGCAGCUUGAGAAAGCCAGUACAACAACCUACACUCCCAAGUUAGGCUCAGAGAGCUUCACCCCGAUUGUUCUUCAGUCUCUGCCCCAUUUGCCGAUUCCUGAACAUGACACCACAAGUGGAGAAAGAAAAUCGGCAGAUCACGUUUUGACUAAAUCAUCCCUCCAAUCUAUCUCGAUCACACCCAAUCCACGAGGCCCUUCAGCAUCUAGUCUGUUGAACCUCUUGAAUCCGGUCGCAACCGAUAACCCCUCUCCCUUUGACCACACUCCACCCCCUCCCCCUUCCAAUCAACAUCUUCUUUAAUUCUAUGCCCUUCGAGACUUCGACCCAAAACCAACCCACUUUUGUAGCUUAUAAAUCGCCUCAACUCCAAUCAAAAUCCUCGCGGCUGUCGGGAGAAGCCACGGUAAGCUAAAACCGCUGACACUCAACUGUCCGAUCUAACGAGCCUAGCAGGAAUUCUACCAGUUCCUACCUUCUAUAACAUUAAAAAAAAACCUAAUUCGCCUGUUUCUUUCUUGUGAUGUCUUCCUACAUGUCGUUGUUUUCUCCAUGUUUCUCGUAGAUUUUUUUUUUCCUUUCAUUCAUUCAUUCAUUUGUUUUGUUUUUCAUGUGCCCUCAAGUAUAUUAUAAUCAGUGGGAUAUUUACAUCCACAUCUACCAUGAAAAUAUAAUGGGAGCAGUUAGAUUGUGAAGAC